UGAUCAGAGAGAGCAGGGAGGAUUGGAAAAGCAUCUCUGUAGCAACCAUCCUCAGUUGGAUUUUUUUGUUGUUGUAACAUUUCUUUUAGAACGCGAAAUAGUACAUUGUGAGCCUGUAUUUAUUAACGAAGAUAAACUAAGUUUGUUUGGUCGUCUGUAUGCAAGAUUGCGAAUCUAGCAGUUGCCUGAGAUAGAGCUCUGACCCCUGCCACUCUCUCCUCUAUUUACCGGAACGUUCCGCUCCUGGCCAUGGAACGUCCCUUUACCAACUGCCCUGCCAGAAGGAGACGCUGAGAUAAGCAACAGUUUCAGUCUGAGCUGGAUUCAAUGAGGGAGCCAGAGCGGGAGGAGCAACCUGAAGACGCCAUCAUGCCUCCCAAAUUCAAACGACACCUCAAUGAUGAAGAGGUCACGGGAUCCAUAUGCAGCGAGAGGAGGAACCUGCUGGAGGAAGACUCUGAUGAAGAGGAGGACUUUUUCCUGAGGGGACCAACUGGACCCAGAUUUGGAGCUGGAAGUGACAAAAUCAGACAAGUGCAGUCGCAGGUUGAUGAGGUCAUUGAUGUGAUGCAGGAGAACAUCUCCAAGGUGAUCGACAGAGGAGAGCGACUUGAGGACCUGCAGGACAAGUCAGAGAGCCUAUCAGACAACGCUUCAGCCUUUAGCACCAGAGCCAAGCAGCUGCACAGGAGGAUGUGGUGGAGAGAUAUGAAGGUGAGUCAACGUGUGUGUGUGUCCGUGUAUGUAUCCAUGUCUUUGUGUAAUGCUUGGUUCUGUCUUCUACAGAUGAAGGCCAUCAUAGCUCUGGUGGUGGUCGUUCUGCUACUUAUCAUCAUCAUUCCAGUGAUAUUGCGGUAUCGCUAGUGUCGCCAGGAGGAGGAAGAAUAUCUCCUCAUCUUACUCCCAUUCUCCUGCACACAGUCCUCCACAUCAGCCAGGGGGCACCACCCAGCCUCCCAGACCCCUGCUGUGCCAGCCUGUGUGGCUCUGGGUAGAAGUUGCUCUUAACUACAGAUCUAGGAUCAGCUCACCCUCUCCCAAUGCUAACCUUUACCGUUAGGUCAGUUUUGUGUUUUCAAUCUUAGGGUCAGUGUCUACUAGAGACCACUUCAUCCUACUCUGUGAGUCCGGGCCAAGGGUGACAUAGGUAGCAUUACGUCGCCGUUACAUAAGGGUUGGGUUUGCUUGGCAAAUGACACCUUAUUUAGGGAAAAGGUUGUCAUUUGACAUGCUGCCUGUGUCUCAGCCCCCUCAUCAAACUUAAGGAGAACUCCGUUUAAUACAUAAUACAUUUCAGCUAGUCCGGUGGUCACCAAACUGUUCUGAGUCAAGAUCUCUUUUACAGUCAAAAAGCAAGCCGAGAUCUACCACUUAGAUUUUUUUUACAUUACUUAAAAAAUGAUACAUUAACUCAAUAGUUGUGUAGGAAUGAGGUUCUGGCAGCAGGUCUAAUACAUUCUCACAGCAUAUUGGCUAUAUGCUUGGACUGCCAAUAUUGUUCUUCUCAGACCAUAUUAUUUUUCACAACUUGAGCUUUGAUAACAAAAUAGAUCAGUUGAUGUAGCACUUGCAAAGCACAGCUAGGGCUGUGGUGGUCAUGACAUUUCGUCAGCUGUGAUUGUCAAGCAAAUAACUGUCGGCCUCAUGGUAGUUGACCAGUGAAUUAACAAACACAUUUAACAUCUCCUGACUUCCACACACAGCCUACAAGCCAUUUAAAAUGUCUAAUAAAUCCAUGUAAUAUAGCCUACACCUCCACAAUGAAUCCAUUAUUUAUUUUAGACAGAUCUAAAGAAGCAUGAUAUGAAGAAAUUGUAUUCUAUUUCAGAAUAAAAGAAUAGCAUACUCCUGAUGUGUCUGACAAAUAGCUGUUGGCUACACUAGUUCAUUUAGCAGACAAGAUUCGCUUAUAAUUCCGUGGUGUUAUAUUAUUUUAUAGUAUGAAGAAUACAAUUUAACAAAACUGAAUAAAAUUAUACAUAUUUUCUCCAAAUGAUUUGAGGGAGUGUGCACAUGCGGCUGUUCUGUGUUGAGCGUUAACAAAGAAAUAGGUAGUCCUAUAUGCUUAAUUUAAAGUUAUUAAUGUAACUUGUUCUACAAACAUUGGGCUGGCUUUAUGUUUAGAUUUUUAAUACAUGGUAAGGCCGCAUGAUGCAACUUUAAAUCUCUGCUUUGUUUUUUUGCGCAGGCUGAACACAGUCUCUCAUUCACAAUUUGACAAUCAAUUUGACAAUGCCUAGAAGUUCAUGGCGGCAUCCCCUUUGUUGCCGUAAUGCAUCCUAUAAAAACCCAUGCCUUUUGCGGCCCGGAGUGCUGCAUUGUGCCCUUCUCCCUGAGUCUGCUGCGCAAUCCGAAACGUCUCUCACUCACACGGCUCUGACACACCAGGGACGCAAUUGUGCGUGUCCUUAUCCAAUUACGAAGUGCAUAUUGAAGAUAUUGGAAGAACUGUCCACAUUUACUUUUCAUCAGCCAACAAGAUGAGUAAGCCUAACGAAAAGCACUAGCAUAUGUCAAUGUACUAUCCCCCAUAGUACAAAAGCCGACCUAUUCUGUGCGAGAAAUGAAUAUUCCAAACAUAGUCUGGGACAGUUGUGGGAUGGGAUAGAUCCCAAUUUAAUAUAACCACUAGGAUCAAAAAAACGUUUCUAUGCAAUGUGGCUGACGCAACAGAUCAGAACAUAUAGCUUAAAAUGUUAAUAAAAUAUUAGGCUAUUUUUUUCACAUUAUAACUGCAGCAAUGCGCACAUGGUAAUAGGCAAUAAGCGCAAAUGUUCCAUUAGCGGAAAACAAUAUUAUCAAAAGUGACUGCAAAUGCAAAUAUGCAUGUAAUGCUUUUACUAUAAAGGUGCAUUUUAAUGGUGAAAAUUAUCUUCCCCAAACUGGAAACUCACGCGCUGCUUGUAAAUGCCAGUUAGGCUCUACACCCCUUGUAAAGGUGAUUAAUAUGUUUAAUUUUAAGUUAUUUGACCACUUUAGUUGUGAUACAAACCGUAUUAAAACAUAUAGGCCUAUGGGCUAGACUACACAAGGUGUGCGAAUAUGAUUGAACAAGUCGCAACAAAAAAAUUUAUUUGUUUCUUAUGCUGGGCAUCAUUCACAAGUGAUAAUAUAUAAUUCACACAUGAUAAGCUAAUAUUGUCACCCAUCAGACUAUUCUUGAUUUAAUCUUGUCUUUACAUACACUAAAUAAUAUAUGUGACAUUUGUUUUGAUUUAGAAUGGACCAUUAUCAUGCACCUGUAUUGAAACGGGGCAGCAGGGAAAAAUACGUGUCAUCUCACGCAAUUGCAUUGCCUAUAGAAAUGUUGCACAAGAUGAGCUCAUUGGCUCUCAUGAAGUGUUUGAUUAGAUCUUCGAAUAUAUUUGCAUUGAUGUCAGAGUGAUUAGAGGGACAAUAGAGUACGGAGUUAUCAAGUUUGGUAGGCUACUUAAUGGCCAGCAGCAGCAUCAGAGCUUGGAGAAGCCUAAUUACCGUGACUGGAAUUUGACUGCCUUCAUGACAUACGGUCACCGCAACAGCCCUAGGCACAGUUGAGCAUAUAUUUUAGAAUUUGCUUUAUUAUUUUACUGGACGUAUGGUAUCUGCAUCUGAUGGUCAUGGUUAUUUCACGACAACUGGGAACUCGGAAAAAUCGAGGUCAAAUCAUGUCAGUGAAUUUCAGGUCGGAAUGUCGGAGCACUGAAAGAUGCCAGAGUUACAGAGUUGGAUUACCGUUCAAAACGAUUUUCCCCAGUUGGAUCUCGUUUUUUUCCGAGUUCCGACUUCAGUGCUUUCAAGACGACUGGGAAGUCUGAGAUUUCAGUUCUUUUGAAAAACGGUAUUAGUCUCAAGGGAGGGAGAGAGCAGCAGGUCCCUGAUCUCUCCUUUCCCCCAGUGAGACUGACCAGAGAGAGGGGACAUAAAUCUUUCAACUGUAGGCGCAACUCAAGUUGCACCGCAUCUGCCUCAGGCACAAAUUCUUGUUGUUCCUAUGACCAAAGAAAGUUAAAUACUCCUCUAUUAAAAUAUACACUAUGAGCUGCUAAUAAUAAUAAUAAAACGCAGGGCUAUCGAUACACUUGACUACUCAUUCAUUGCAGCUGCAGUGUGAGUAGAAGAGGAGAGAAGAGCGUUUUAUGUUUUGUAAUAGUUUUGAAUUAAAACAGUGUUGACAGUUCUGGAUAAAACUUAGACAUGAAGUCACUCAUAAAAACAGCAGUUCUUUGCUGUAUUCUUUGACAGUCUCUCUCUGGACAUGGUUGUAAAAGUUAUGAAAUCUAGGGCUUCUCGAGUAACGCAGCGGUCUAAGGCACCGCAUCGCAGUGCUAGAGGCAUCACUACAGAUCCGGGUUUGAUCACAACCGGCUGUGAUUGGGAGUCACAUAGGGCGGCGCACAUUUGUCCCAGCUUCGUCCUGGUUAGGGGAGGGUUUGACUGGGAGGCGCUUUACUUGGCUCAUCGCGCUCUAAGGACUCCUUGUGGCAGACCGGGUGCCUGCAGGCUGACCUCAGUCAUCAGGUGAACGGUGUUUCCUCCAACACAUUGGUGCGGCUGGCUUUCGGGUUAAGCGGGCGGGUGUCAAGAAGCGUGGUUUGGCGGGUCAUGUUUGGGAGGACGCAUGACUCGACCUUCGCCUCCCGAGCCCGUUGGGGAGUUGCAGCGAUGAGACAAGAUCGAAAUUGGGGAGAAGAAAGGGGGUAAAAUAAACACAAAAAAAAGUAUGAAAUCUCACAUAGGCUAGUAUCAAACUUUGCUGUGGGCGGGGUCCUGAAAGCUGUAGGUAGGCACGGUGAUUUGAGCUAUCUGAUUGGCCAGCACAGUAGGCACGCUCUAUUUAACCACAUAUCUCCCGGUCCACCAGGUAGGCAGAGUUUGUAUUUUCAGACCAACAAGACAAGGCUUCUGUAUGAAGUGCAUCUACCACCAACAGCGCAACACAGGGGAAAAAAGGAGUGCAAGUGAUUUGCCUUUAUCGUUGGCUUUUCUACAGAAAUGUUGGUGAUCGUCUAGGAAUGCCUUGAAGAUCGACCAGCGAUCGACCGAUUGGUGACCAUUGCCAGUAAGGUUACAUUUCGUAUCAUAUACUGUAGUCAGACGUAUUAUUAUUAUUAUUAUUAUUAUUAUUAUAAUAGUCAACUUAUUAUAAUGAUUUAUUAUUAUAGUCGGAUGUAGUAGUAUUAUUAUAGUCGGAUGUAGUAUUAUUAUUAUAGUCAGAUGUAGUAGUAUUAUUAUAGUCGGAUGUAGUAGUAUUAUUAUAGUCGGAUGUAGUUGUAUUAUUAUAGUCGGAUGUAGUAGUAUUAUUAUAGUCGGAUGUAGUAGUAUUAUUAUAGUCGGAUGUAGUAGUAUUAUGAUAGUCGGAUGUAGUAGUAUUAUGAUAGUCGGAUGUAGUAGUAUUAUGAUAGUCGGAUGUAGUAGUAUUAUUAUAGUCGGAUGUAGUAGUAUUAUUAUAGUCGGAUGUAGUAGUAUUAUUAUAGUCGGAUGUAGUAGUAUUAUUAUAGUCGGAUGUAGUAGUAUUAUUAUAGUCGGAUGUAGUAGUAUUAUUAUAGUCGGAUGUAGUAGUAUUAUUAUAGUCGGAUGUAGUAGUAUUAUUAUAGUCGGAUGUAGUAGUAUUAUUAUAGUCGGAUGUAGUAGUAUUAUUAUAGUCGGAUGUAGUAGUAUUAUUAUAGUCGGAUGUAGUAGUAUUAUUAUAGUCGGAUGUAGUAGUAUUAUUAUAGUCGGAUGUAGUAGUAUUAUUAUAGUCGGAUGUAUUAUUGUUAGUCAGACUUUUAGUCAAUCUGUCUGCGGUUGUCUAUCAACAGCUUAGAAACAUGUUAUACAGGACUUGUAGCACACCAAAAUAUUUGAAGAUAAAGAAAGUAACCCCCACUACCACCCCCUCGUCCCUUCUCACACGUUUAAAAUGCUUUCAAGCCAGAACUGAAAAUGAAGUAAUGGAUGUAUCUCAAUACUCUACAGUGGCCUCCUUUACUUGUCUCCUGCUUUCCUUUUCUACACCCAGCUUGAUCCGACACUAGUAGGAUAGGUUCUAGCCAGUGAGAGGAAGCCACUGUGAAGUAUUGAACUAGGCUUGGGCGGUAUCCAGAUUGUCCUACCUUCAUACAAACCUUAAGCCAUACCAGGAUAUUCGAUAAUACCGCCACCCAAGGAGCGCUAUUUUCAAACCCAACUCUGCCUCUGUAAUCCGAAGGUUAGCAAUGCUAGCAAGUACAUGUAAAAACCCAUAUAGAAUGCUAACUAAAUACUAAAGUUAUACAAAUAACUAAAAAAUGCUAGUCACAGUUUGUUGCACGCACAAAACAAAUCUUAGCAAGGAUCUUGAUCCAGGAAGGGAUUUUCUGCUGUUACCAAGCAAAGCUUUAUUUUGGAAGAAGUUAACCACUUAGCUCACUAACUAGCUACUAAAUUAGCAAACCAAAGCAUUUGCCACAUUUUAGACUGUUAACUUAAUAGUUAUAAGAUAUCUCGCUGGCAAACAUUUAGUUGUAAAUGACAUGCUGUAACUAGAUCACCUGGCUUGUGCUGAACAACAGUGAGUGACUCACAAGGCUCUGUUCUCUCGUCAUUGUGUCACCAUGUGGCUAGGGACGACCGAAAAGCAUCAUAAUGAAAAAUAUUAUGUGACAGGUGAAAUGAAGAUCACAUUUGUCCUUAUCUCUUAACGUAUUUCACAAGUUGACUUGAGGGAUUUACUUAAAAAGUAGCUACAGAUAUUCACAUUUAUUUAAAAAAAUAUUAUAAUAAUAAUAAUAAUUAAUAGAAAUAGUAUUGAAAAACCAUCCCGUGGCUAUUUCCAAAUAACACAUUAUACGGUAUACCAGGCCUAACUGGGACACAGUGUGUCCUACUGACCUAGUACGGCACACUAGGUCAUAAAUGCGGAAUACACAUUUUGGUUGAAUGCAUUGAGUUGUGCAACUGACUAGAUAUCCCCUUUCCCUGUGGUACUGCUUGGCCACUUGAUCUAAUUUCCCAUUGGUAAUGCUAGGUUAGUUGUCUAUCUCUAGAUGGUUGAAUUCUAUUGUGUAUGAUUUUCUGUGAUAUUGAGUUCUGCUGGAAGGUCGUCAUGAAGCUUCUGCAUGUCUGCUGCUAUUCCCAUUAACCCGGAGGAGCUACGGGACAGACACUGUUCAUUCCACUAUUCCCAUUAACCCUGAGGAGCUAAGGGACAGACACUGUUCAUUCCACUAUUCCCAUUAACCCUGAGGAGCUAAGGGACAGAUACUGUUCAUUCCACUAUUCCCAUUAACCCUGAGGAGCUAAGGGACAGACACUGUUCAUUCCACUAUUCCCAUUAACCCUGAGGAGCUAAGGGACAGACACUGUUCAUUCCACUGCAUCUGCUGGAGGUCAUGAGCUGUCUAGUACCACUGUGUGUGUGUGUGUCGUCUGUGUCUGUGUCUGUCUGUGUGUGUGGGAGAGAUUUGGGUGACCCAUACAUUCUGAGGGGGUUGGGACUUGGGUGGCAUAAUUAGUUUUAAUUUGAAUGGUAUUAGUUUGUAUUGUUAUGUGUCUGGAAGAGUGCUGGUUAAUGAGUUACAAUGACUCUAUGGGCUGUGAACACACACAGACUGGGGUGUAACACUGCCUAGUGUGAUGACACCACAGCGUCUUGCAUAUCUGUACAAUACAAUAACCCCUACAUCUUCAUUCCUUUGGUUUUUUAAUGUAAUUUAUUUGAGGUGUAAAUAUUCAUCUGUAAUGAUGUACUAUACUCUGGCAUUGACAAACGGAACUACUGUAAUGUUUCUCUGAGCUAAUAAAAUUAUUUUAAAGGAUAUCUGUAUUCAA